AUAACUCACUUCCUCGAAGACAACAGUCUGCUGAAUCCCAAACAGCAUGGUUUCCGUGAUGGCAAGGACUACCUGUCGCAGUUUCUACACCAUUUUGAUGACAUCUUAAAAGCUUCGGGAGAAGGCUCCAACACUAACGUCAUACAGCUUGAUUUCAGCAAGGCAUUUGAUAGAGUGGAACACAAAAUCCUGCUGAAGAAACUGUCCAACAUUGGAGUCCGUGGAAAGCUGCUGCAGUGGAUAAAGUGUUUCCUGACAAACAGAACCCAACGUGUUGUGUUUGAGGGGUAUCUUAAAUACAAUAUGGAUUAUUUAAUGGUAUUUGGAAUCAUCUGCGAAAAGAAAACAAAAGUUUCUCUUCUCUAUGCCACUCACACGAUAUCCAUUAAUGGAUUUACAUCACAUGUCAACAUCGAAGCUGAAUAUAUAAAUGAAAACCAACACAAGACAGAAGCUAAGUUUGUUUUCCCUGUGGAAGAAGACAGUGCCGUAUAUAAAUUUGAAGCUAAAAUUGGUGAUGUCCAUUUAGUAGCCAAAUCUAAAGACAAAGAUGUUGCCAAAAAGGAGUACAAGGAAGCUGUAGAUAAGGGACAGUCUGCCAUUUUGUUGCGAGAGACCAGCACGUCUGGCGAUAUUUUUGAGUAUAGCUUAGUAUCUUCAGUUUGUCUCUCGGCUAAACAUGGUGAAAACAAUAAAGAAUUAUCCUUUAUUUCAGUUCCAGAAAGGCUGCCCUGUAUUUUCAGUGAAGAAAAAUUAAUCCUUUAUCUAGUUUUGCAUGAAACUGAGACUAGUUGCGAAAAUGUGAAAUUGAAUCUUUGUGGUAAAAUUGGUGAAUCAGACUUUUCACUUGACUUUGAAGCAAGUUUGUUCAGACAGAUUGAUCAGGAAAUGACAAUACACCGUCUUUGUGUGAGAAGGAAAAUACAGGAAUUGGAAUUAAAAGAAGAUCUGGGUAAAGGUGAUGAAAUAAAAUCAGAGAUUAUUGAUUUGGGUACAGUGGCUAAUUUGGUUUCAAAGUACACAAGUUUUGUUGGUUUGAAGAAGAAUAUUCCGGAAUUUAAGCCAAUGUCUCCCAGGGCUUUCUCUUUAGCACCAGCAUCACCACAAUAUUUAGGAGACUAUGAAUGUAUAAGUUUUGAUCAUGUAGAUUCCAGUACUGAUUUUGUGGAUUCUGGCUUUGAUUCUGUAGAUUCUCGCUGCUUGUCUUGGACAUUUAGAAGAUCAUUAAAUGUGAGUGAUGUGGAAUCCUUUAUGUUUUCUGAAACAACAAAUAAGGACAUUUUAACAUGUUUGGUUGAUCUACAAGCUUUCUAUGGUUUCUGGAAUCUAGACAAUCAAUUGGCUCAAGCUCUCAAUAUUUCUCUUAAGGACCUGAACAAUGAGAAUCCAUCCGUUAGUGAUAAAAUAUGGGCUACAGCUCUUGUUGUUGCUGUACUAAGAGAAAAAUUAGCUUCUCAGCAUUGUGAAUGGGAAUUAAUGGAAAAGAAAGCAAUGGUUUGGCUGGAAUCUCAGAAUAUACAACCAAUAAAUUCAGAGAAGUUACUAGAAAAAGCUACAAACUUCAUAAGAAACAAAAUGGUUGCUUAACAAUUUCUGUUUAUUUCAUAUUUUAAAACUUUCAUUACUGUAUAACUGAGAAAAAUAUCAUAACAUUUUAACUUGUCUAUUAAUACUUUUACUCUACUAAUUCCUCUAAAAGAUCAGUAAACAAAUAUUUAACAUAUCUAUACAGCUGUAAAAUGUAAUUAAAGAUAAAACCAUAAUCCUAUA